AUGGCCGAAAUUCAGACCAAGGUUAUCCUUGUAGGCUUAGGGGGUGCUACUUGCUCAGGAAAGACCACUCUCGCGAAGCAUCUGAAGAACAUACUGCCCAACAGUGUCAUUGUGCACCAGGAUGUCGCGGUCGCGCAGCCUGAGGAACUACUUCCCAUGAAGCAUGGCUACCAGGACUGGGAUGCUCCAGAUUGCGCAAUCGACUACCCACGACUUUCCAAAUUUUUAAAGCACGUGAAAGAUACAGGAAGCCUACCAGAUGAUCAUAGAAGUCAUGAACAUUUGAACAAGCAGACAGAUUUACCUAUAGAAGCAGAGUGUCAACGCCGUCUGGCUGAGCGCUUCAGAGUUAUUCAAGAUCAAGUCAAGGAGAGUGACCACAUCAAUAUAGUGUGGGGCUUGGUCGACGGGUUUCUGUUGUAUUGGGAUCAGGAGGUCAUAGAGCAACUAGAUAUGCGCUUCUUACUCCGCGUUCCACUCAAGACAUUGGAAGGCCGGAGGAAAGCGCGGCAGGUUUACAUCACAGCAAUACACUUUAAUGAAGAGGGGGAUGCAUGGGUAGACCCCCCUGACUACUGGGAGAAGAUCGUCCUCCCUGGAUACCUAGACGCACACCGCGAAAUAUUCGAGGGUGGCGAUGUCGAGAAUGGGGACCUGACGAAUAAGGUGAAAGGCCUUGUUUUAAUCGAACCUAACAAAGAGGACAAAGAGAUGAGCAUGACGGAUAUCGUUGAAAAGUGCUGCCAGGAGUUAUAUCAGUUUGUCAUGGGGGAAGGGUCGAACAAGGGAGUCAAGGCAUAG